AUGCUUCAAAGAAUUGGAAUCGGCCUUUUUAUAUCUAUUGUUUCAAUGGUGGUUGCAGCCAUCGUUGAAACAAAAAGACUCAACAUUGCUCGAAAGUACGGAUUAUUAGAUGAUCCAAAUGCAAUGAUUCCAAUGAAGAUAUGGUGGUUAUUACCUCAAUGUGUAUUGGCUGGAGCUGGUGAUGUGUUUACAAUUAUUGGCGGAAACGAUCAAGAUGGUUGGAUACCUGAUAAUUUGAACCAAGGGCAUGUUGAUUAUUUUUACUACCUUCUUGCUGGACUUAGUGUAGUGGCAUUUGUGAUUUUUAUAUAUGCUGCAAAAUCUUAUAUGCAGCAUGAUGUAAUUGUUGCAAAGGCUGCUUACAUUAAGGAUGUAAGUGGCUUUACUACCCUUUUACUAAUAAAUGUGGAUUUUAUUCCACUCUCUUUGGGAUUUCAAAUAUAA